AUGCAUCAAAUGAAAUCCAAUGGACCAGCGCUGAACACCAAAGAGCGCCUAUUUGGAGGCACAGAUGAUCGUCCCGUUACACCAAAAAAGAAGUUGACCAACACCUACAAAUCGACAAUUUUUGACUCUUCGACACCAAAUUCACCAGCACGGACGCCAAAAAAGACGAUUCCUGUCUUAGAAAUUGAACUUUCGUGA